UUGGCAACCGGAUCUGGCUGCCAAACCGCCAAACCAGGAGGCGCAAUGACCUCUGGGAAUUGUAGUUCAGUUGGAAGGGCCUUUUAGGAGCCUCGUGACUGCAGGCCCGCAGUCUGCGGACUACAACUCCCGAAAUCAACCAUGAGGGCGAAUGGGUGGGAAGGGCCCCCAGCGAGCUCCGACCGGGAUUCCAUGCUCCCCAGUGACAGCAGCGGCAGGAAGCUGGCGGGUGCUACUCCGGCGCCAAGGCCUCUGGUUCCCCGAAGGGCGACAUCGGACAUUUCCCUACGUAACUCCCAUCUCUGGGCCCCGAGUCUGUGCAUGGCGAAGUCCCCGGAGAACUCUACCCUGGAGGAGAUUCUAGGGCAGUAUCAACGGAGUCUCCGGGAACGUGCAAAUAGAAGCAUUCACCAACUGAAAUGUGCCCUGAGAGAAGGUGAUGUCACUGUUGGAGAAGAUGCUGCGGGUCCCAGUGUGGAAAAUGAGGAAAAUGAGGAAAAUGAGGACGCUGGGACCGCCUGGCAUGAACUGCGACACAGCCAUGCCGUUAAUCAGCUCAAAGCUUUGUUGCGCCAACAAGCAACUAAGGAAAGUGAGGUGUCUCCAUCAAGAAGGCGAAAAGUGUCCCCUCUGCGGGCGUCAGAAGAUGAGGAAGCCAACGUGCCUACCAUCCACAAUCUUGUUCCGAUCAUCAAUGACCAGUCUCAGUACAUUCAUCAUUUAGAGGCAGAAGUCAAGUUCUGCAAGGAGGAACUCUCUGGAAUGAAAAACAGGGUACAAGUAGUUGUGCUUGAAAAUGAAAGUCUCCAACAAGAGCUGAAAUCUCAAAGACAAGAGGAAGCAAUGAGGGAACAAACACUUCUGGAUGCAUCUGGAAACAUGCAGAAUUCUUGGAUUACAACAGGUGAAGAUUCUGGGGUGGGUGAAGCUGCCAAGAGACGAUUCUCCCAUGGCAAUGCGGAUAUUGUCGUAGGUGCAUCUGCUGGGGAAGCUGAAAAAUGGAAACUAGAACUGGAGAGGCUGAAACUUACUUAUGAAGAAAAGACUGAAGUCCUAGAAUCUCAAUUGAAAUUUUUAAGGAAAGACUUAGCUGAAUAUCAGAAAAAUUGUGAAGAUCUUAAAGAGCGACUGAAGCAUAAAGAGUCUCUCCUCGCUGCGAAUACUUCUAACUGGGUUGGUGGCCUGUGUUUGAAAUGUGCUCAGCACGAAGCUGUUCUUUCCCAAACCCAUAAUAAUGUUCACGUGCAGACCAUUGAAAGACUGACUAAGGAAAGAGAUGACUUAAUGUCCGCACUAGUUUCCGUCAGGAGCAUCUUGACAGACGUGCAGGAAAGAGAAGCCGGCGCUUAUGAGCAGGUGAAGCAAGCCGUGCAAGUGGCCGAGGAAGCCAAUUUCGAGAAGACCAAGGCUUUAAUCCAAUGUGAACAGUUGAAGAACGAACUGGAGAGGCAGAAAGAGCGACUUGAAAAAGAACUCGCAUCGCAGCAAGAAAAAAGGGCCUUUGAGAAAGAGAUGAUGAAAAAGGACCUAACAAAAGAAAAGGAGGACCUGGGAUCAAAGAUAUUGUCCCUGUCUCAAAAUAUUGCCCAACUGGAGGUCCAGGUUGAAAAGGUUACAAGAGAGAAGAUUUCAGCUAUUAAUCAACUAGAGGAAAUUCAAAACCAGCUUGCUUCCAAGGAAAUGGAUGUCACAAAGGUGUGUGGGGAAAUGCGCUAUCAGUUGAAUAAAACCAAAAUGGAGAAGGAUGAGGCAGAGAAGGAGCACAGAGAGUACAGAGCAAAAACUAAAAGGGAUCUUGAAAUGAAAGAUCAGGAACCCAUGGGCGGAUUAUCCUUCCCAUCAACUCCUUUGUAUCACAUCAGCAUAGAGCGGCCCUGCCAGCCCGAGAGGACGCCUCUUGAACUAAAAAAAAAAAAAAAAGAAAAAAAAAGACAUUUGGUUUGGAGGAGAAUGAAAAAUCUGUACCCUGAUUUUUAUUACAAAUUUUUUGUAAGCAACAGGUACACAUACACACACACACACACACACACACACACACUCCAUUACUGGAAUUUAAAAACAUACAAAGAGAAUGUUAAUAUGAACUCCCACAUCUCCAUCACCUAGGCUCACCAUUUUGCCAAUUCUAUUCCAUCGAUCUCGUGGGUUUUUUUUCCUCUCUUCCUCCUUCGUCUUUUUUGUCGCCUUUGUCGUCUGUUUCUUCCUCUUCUCUCCCGAAUUCUGUCUUCUUCCCCCAUUGCUCCUUUUGCUGAAGUAUUUGAGGCAGAUCUCAGACAUGAUGUUAUUUCACUUAUGAACCCCUCAGUGUGCAUCUAUGAAGGAUAUUUUUUUUCAUAACCACCAGGUCGUCAUCACACAUGACAAUACCAACAAUAAUUCUUUAAUAUCUGAUAAUGCCAAGCCCAUAUUCACACUCCUCUGACCAUCUUAACAAUGUCUGUUUUUUGGCUGUUUUUUUUAGAACCAGACAGACAGGAGCAUUUUUGUAUGUCAGAAUGUUAUGGUUUGAUCUUCUUUAACAGGAGAUAAAGGGAUAUCUCAGCAAAAUUUCAACUUUCUUUAUCUGCUGUUGUCUCAUUAAAUUUCACACACAUAUUUUGAUUGAAUUUAUAAGGUGCGUCAGCAUCAUUCUAAAGAAAUAUGAAUUAAUCCUAGAGCCAACUGUCUGAAGGAAAAUGGCUACCAUGUCGCAACCCCAAUAGUCAUAUCCUGAAGUGAGCCCUGUAGAGUCUGAAAGACAAAUUUUGUAAUUAAUUCAGUCUUACAUUUAAGAUUCGGGAGUGUGACUGGAAGCCCAUUACAAAGGUUAUGGCUGAUGAAGAAGUGAAAGUUUCUUUGUCACCUUCCAUUCUGGUAGAUGAAUCUCUGAAGGUGAUUCUUCAGAGCUAAAAGGUUUGAUCAGGGUAUAGUAUAAACAGAAAAUGCAGUAAUUUCAAAUGCAGGGGAAAAGUGAUAUUUUAAAGGUAUUAAAAUAUAAAAAUUUUCCUUUCUUUUAUAGCCUUUCUCUCUCCCCCUGUCCCUUUCUCUCUCUCUCUCUCUCUCUCUCUCUCUCUCUCUCUCUCUCUCUCUCGCCCAGUUAUGGUGUUUUCUAUUUGCUGUUUAACUUCGGAUGACCUCCAGCACAGGGCUCCCCGGGGUGGGGGGGUGGGGUGAGCAGUGGGGAGACCUACCUGGUAGCUGGAUCAGGGUAAGCAGAGGCUGUAUAUUGAGGCCACUGGGUGUUGUCGGAGGCAGGGAUGUAGCCACCUCUGUGUCCUGCCCUGUGAUGUCAGGGGCACACACCCUCAACCCCAUCUUCUCCAGGUUCACACCUGGGCUCCUGGCAGAGGCAGAGCAUGACAGCAGUACACGACCCCACCCCCACACCACCCCCAUGACCUGACUCCACCCGAGACACAGGGCAGGAUAACACAGCUCGGGCCAGACGAGGGAACUGCAGGGGAACAGGUGUCUGAGGACCGUCUCGGGGCUGCCGUGAGGCAGUGAAGGGACAAGACCGCGGACCCGAGCAGCAGCAGCGCCACUGCCUCCUCAGACUUUCCUGACAAAACACAAGUGCCAGUAUAUAGUCAUGAAGAAGUUCGAGAGGUCGACCACAGAGCGCUAAACGGCAGGCUUCUCAACCCGGGGCCCCAUCCGCCUGCACCCAUCACACGCCCGUGACGGUGCCAAGGCAGUGGGGAGAGGCAGGCAGAGGUGUGGUGUGCUGCUGCACGUGCGUGCACUCCCACCGACACACGCCGACGUGGAGGAGCGUGUAACACGCCCGUGGGCCCCGUACCCGUAACCGACGGCUCAUGGGCCGAAUCGACCGACUGUCUGUUUUGACAAGUAGUUGUGUUAGAACACGGCCACGUCCGUUCGUUCUCUGUUGUCGACGGCUGCUUUCCUGCUACACAGAGUCGAGUUGUGGCGGAGACGCUCAAGCCCACGGAGACUGAAACACUUACUCUCUGAGCCCUGAUGGACCAAGGCGGCCAGCCCCGGCUGGCCCUGGGUAUAGAGACAGAACUGUAUGUCUUUGGGUUCUCAUGCCUUACUAAACAGUGGAGCUUGGGUUCAAAGACUCCUCAAUCUUCGAUGAUAACUUAAUGGUUUUAGAGUAUUUCUCAGCGCAGCACGUGGCCUCUUCCGUGGCCUCUUCGUCAUCUCACGGCCUUGCCAAAUGAGUGUGUGACUGCUUAGGGCGUCAUCAUCUUAGUGGUGGCACAUGGUGUAAUAAUAAUGGCUUAGGUGAGAGUAUAAAUAUAAAAGUUGCUUUGCAGCACAAUUUCUUUUAGGUUGGUACAGUUUUUUUCAGAUAAGACUUUUUUUUUUUUUUUCCCACCAGUAUUGCAUAAGUUAUAACUUUGGAGUUGUAGCUACAACUGAGCAGGAGGCGUUGAAGUUCAAAAUCACUUGAGUGGGGUAAUGAAAACAAAUAUUUUAGGGUAGGGCACAUAUAAAAAAGAAAUAGAUCAGAAAAUUUUGGCUAGAAAAAUUGGGCCAAACAAGAAUUUGAACUCCUGUCUACAGCAGUAUGAUUCAGCACUUUAGUACUGACGUCAUAGGUGGACUGUUUCAGUGGAGGAAUUAUUUCUGAAGUACAGUUGACUUAUUUAAAUUGUUGCAAGACGUGCAUCUGUUCUGCAUGGCUUUGUGUAAAGAUGAGAAGAAGCCUUCAAAGUCCCAAAAGGAGGUCCUACUGAAGGGCAGAGAAAUAAAGACAAUGAAGAAGAGUUGAAGAAUUACACCUUUUCAUUUCGAGAAGUCUAAAUCUUCGCUACCUUCACGGGCUAGACAUAUUCUUUCAGGGAGGAAGCUUAACACCUGUUUAAACGCCUUGAUCCUCAAUAUGGAAAGAAUAAGAAGAAAGCUAUUUAAUCACAGCAACUGGAAAUCACAACAGCCUGAAAUAAGAACUUUCUGACAGUAAGAUGAUUGCAGUAGAUUGCAGCAACAGGCAAUGGAAUUUUCUUCCCUGAAACUGCCAGUUUCAAACAAUAAGAACAAUAUGCUGAAAACCCAGCAAAUGGACCUCCGAGGUCCACUGUCUUCUACUGGAUUGUGGGAGCAUCCUCAGAAUAUUUCACUCCGAUCUGUUCAAGUGGCUAGUAGUGGUAUUUGUCUUUUCUGCUUGUAAUUUAGCACCUACAGAUUAAAGCGAAAUCCUCCUCA